UGCGCAUGCGCCUCCGGGGCUCGCAGGUGUGCAGGGGCUUCCCCCUCCUUGUGGUGGAUUUGCGGGGCGUUUCCGUUGCCGCGCAUGCGCGCUGCUUCCUUCUACGCCUCCUCCUCCUCCUCCUCGGAGCUGCAGGUGCCAGGAGGCGGCGGCUGGAGCUGCUGCUGCGGCGUUGCUGUCGGGCGGAGCUUUCCCUUCCGCAGUUCAGAGCGAUCGGGAUUGAAAUCGGCAUCGGAGAAGCCUCACCUUCCAGUCCGAGCGACCCUCGGGCGGCAUGAACCGGGUCCAGCGGGGAGGAGGCGGAGGAAGCCGCAGCCUCGGCCCCAUGGAAGUCAAGAGCAAGUUUGGUGCAGAAUAUAGACGAUUUUCUUUGGAAAGGUCCAAACCUGGCAAAUUUGACGAAUUCUAUGGAUUACUGCAACAUGUUCACAAAAUACCUAAUGUUGAUGUCUUAGUUGGAUAUAUAGACAUUCAUGGGGACCUCUUGCCAAUCAACAAUGAUGACAAUUAUCACAAAGCAGUGUCUACAGCAAAUCCUUUGCUUAGGAUCUUUAUUCAAAGAAAAGAAGACGCUGACUACAGUGCCUUUGGGACAGAUACCUUGACAAGGAAGAAAAAUGUCUUAACAAAUGUGCUGCGUCCAGACAACCAUAGGAAAAAGCCGCACAUUGUGAUUAGUAUGCCACAAGACUUCAGACCGGUGUCUUCUAUUAUAGAUGUAGACAUACUCCCAGAAACCCAUCGCAGAGUGCGGCUAUACAAAUAUGGAACUGAUAAGCCACUAGGAUUUUAUAUACGGGAUGGCUCUAGUGUCAGAGUGACAUCCCAUGGGCUAGAGAAAGUUCCAGGGAUUUUCAUAUCCAGGCUUGUUCCUGGAGGCCUGGCUCAAAGCACAGGUUUAUUGGCUGUCAAUGAUGAAGUUCUGGAAGUGAAUGGUAUAGAAGUUUCAGGGAAAAGCCUUGAUCAGGUUACAGACAUGAUGAUUGCCAACAGCCGUAACUUGAUCAUUACUGUGCGACCAGCGAACCAGAGGAACAAUGUUGUUAGGAACAGCCGGACGUCUGGUAGCUCAGGACAAUCCACAGAUACCAGCCUUCCUAGUUACACUCCACAUACAGUGUCAACGUACCAACCUGAAGAAGAGGAAGACAGUGAUGAGGAUGAUAUCAUUAUUGAAGACAACGGUGAGCCACAACAAAUUCCAAAAGCUGCUCCUUCCAGUGAAAGCCUGGAAUCGUUGACACAAACUGAAACCCUUCAUGAGUCCAUGCAAAAUGGCUUCAUUUCUUCCAGAGAAGCAAACUUGUAUUGUUCAACGAGCAGCAUUAACAUGGAGUUUCAAAACCAGGACUCAGAACAGAAGACCUUAGAAGAAGAUGGGACAAUCAUAACUUUGUGAAACUGCUUCGGUUUAUUGAGUUUCUGAAAUCAAGAGGCCAUAACUUCUUUUUAACUUGGCUGUAUUGAAAACAGUAUAGAUCUCAGAUAACCGUAUUCCAGUAGCUUUUUAGAUCUCCAGAAUGAAGUUUUGAGACAUGUCUUUUAUUCCAUUUUGGUACAUAACUAAAUGAAUAAUAUAUCGGAACAUGGGAGUGUUUCUUAUUUCAUUGUCAGACAGGACAGCAUUGCUGUAACUUAAAAUUCUGCAGAUGCAUUUUUCCAGAGAUGUUUUUGAGAUGAACUGUACAUUGAUAGGUAAUGUUGCUUUUCAUGUUUUAUUGCCUUGGGAUUUGGCUGCAUGUGUUAUCAACCAUAGAAUUGUAAAUUUCAGUGCUGUUUUGUCUUCAUGUGAGCAUUAGCCCAAGGCAUACCGUAUUUCAGCACAAAAACAUUAAUGAAACAUAAGAACUAACUACAACAAUUUUAUGCUAAUUAAAAUAUUUUAAAUAAUUAAAAUUGAUCAAUUUCCUUUUCUUACAAAAUUUAAUUAAAUUUAUAAAAUUAGAAGGGGGCUCUUGGACUUAAUGAUACACUGGAUAAUUCAGAGGAAUACCUGUGUUUUACCUUUUUGAAAACAAAUACUUUGCUGUAUUGUGAUCUACUACUGAUAAAAUCUCCACUGUAAAUUGUUUGAUCUACAAUGUGUGGCUAUAUAUUUGUGCCCUUUGGUGAUAGGAAAUAAGAUCUUGAAUGUUAUGCUGUAAUCCAGGAGUAUUGACAUCUGUGGAAUUUUCGUUGUAUUUCAGUGGGAAAAUUGCAGGGAUAGGAUCAACAUCUAGACACUGAGACCUGCAAAAACACAAGCAGGACCUAGUACAGAUGUUUGUAUUCUUCCCUCCAUCAUCUUUUUUGUUGUUAUUGUUAUAUUUCUAGGUUGCUGGAUGUAGCCAUGCAUUUAAUUUCCCACAAUGUCCAGUUCCAAAGCUUUGGGGUAAAUGGAAAGCAUGGGUCCUUUCAGCUUCCCAGAGCUGCUGCUAUCACAGCCAAGACCACAAGGGCUCAUUCACACAGGAUAUUUUUACCUUGGGCUCACUCUAUAGAGCUGUUUCCAUUGUACCCGUCAUGUGAAAGUCUACAAAUGUUAUUUAUUUUGUACUUCAACUGUACCCUUGGUUUACAGUGUCUCCUGUUUUCUAUGUCUGAAAUGGAAUGAUUUUCAAAGUGUAACAUUUGUAAAUCCAAGGGCUAGUUCAAAUGUUGGAUUUGGCUAUCAGGUAAUUUAUAAUUGGAAUUUUUAACGAGGUAAAGAUGUAGUGGAAGAGUUCCAUCAAGAUGUCAGGUUGUAUUCUCACAAAUCAGUGAGUUUUAUUGGGUUUGUUGAGUUGAUUUCCCUGUGACAAAAAGGUUUUUUAUAAAGCUUUCAGCUAAGGAUAUCUUUUAAUUUAUCUUUUGUGUAUAUGUUUAUACCAUUUUCUUCACGUACUUAUGACUAAAGUGGAGUCCACUUGAUUGCCACACAAAUGGAGACGACUGGUUGCACACCUUUUCAUCAUUGAAGUGUUUGCCUGGUACUACUAUGGAUCUAACAUGCGUUGUACUUUAGAUGAAUUGUAAAAUGGAUUUGAUCAAACAUGGAAGCAUGGGAACCAAAAUAUUGGUGAAAGAGUUGGAUGUUAAUUUAUUGUGAAAAUGUAUAGGUUUGUUAUGCUGUUUAAUUCAUUUGCUUUGAUUUUUGGUACGUGCUACAAUCAUUUGCAUGUUUUUUGUAUAUAUUUCACUGCAGUUACCAGCUUAAGGAAUUGUUUUAUUAUACUAUGCUUACAUUUUAUUCCAUAAGAUCAUAGUUUCAACCAAGUUGCUUGCAUAAUGAAAUGGAGUAUACUCCAUAUCCUAUACGUGCACACUUGUAAAAAAAAAAAAAAACCUAAACUUGGUUUGAAGCUAUUUCAGAAUGCCUAAUAAAAUUUUGGGAUUUGAAAAAAAGCAGUCAAUGUUAGAGAUGGAGGGAAAUAAGCAAAAGGCUUCAUGUCUUCUGCUCUUGAAAUGACAGACUGCACUGCAUAUAAUUGCAGAGGAAUGCAGUUGCCGUGAUGACAGAACUAUAACCUUUCUAUCACAACUGUAUUUUUACUAAGUCUUAUUCAAUCAAAUUGCUGAAACAUAAUAUUAAAAAUUAAUUUUAUAUAUAAUACAGUACUGGACUUCAGUGUAAUCAGACUGAUGUAAACUUUCAUAUACUACCUCUUAAACUUCAACCAUUAGCAUCUUAUGGGGAGGGUGUUGUCUUGUGCUGGAGGAAUACAUGAAGGCUUAAUGUGUAUGCAUUUUUUAAAAUGUAAAAUCCAGAAUCUAAGUAAGGAAACUUAGAUUUUUAUUGUUUUAAUAUUCUGUUGUAUGUUUUUGUGUAUGUGUAAUACACACAUUCCCAAUUUUUGAUUGAAGCAUAUCUCAUUAUGUAUGAACAAAUAAUUUGGGCUUCUUCAUCACAGAAUGAAAGUUCUUGUGUUAUUUGUACUUAUUUACAACAGUGAGACAAAUGUAAACCCCUCUAAAGCAAUUUGGGGAUGGACUAGCCUUUAAGUGCACCUUAUCUGAAAGAGCGAAAUAUGGCUACAGUGGUACACUUUUUUGGAGUUAUUGUAUAAUUCCAGAUGAAGUCAAGCUGAACUGUGAAAUCAUUGUUCUUCCACCCUGACUUAGGAAGUUAUUGUCAUGUACUUUUGUGACCUCUGCAUUUUCUAACUAAAAUCUUUAUGCAACAUGAUUUUUACAUGAACAUGUAUAAUAUGUCAAAAUGUCAGUAUUUUUCUUACCACUUCAAUGUGUGAUGUACAUCAAUGCCACUAAAUGAACUUUGAUUUUACAAAAGUCAAAUUGUCAUGAGUUAUAUGUUAGUCAUAUUUUUAUGAACAUGAUAAUAAAAAAACCUAUAACUAUU